AUGUCCUCCCAAGAAAUCCGGUCGCUGCUCGCCCCCGCAAACACACAACAAGCGUAUUCCAAGGCCUCUAUAUUUCUCAAUUCGACAUUCCAUUCGUUUGAAGACCUUAAUUGCCUUCAGAGGGACGUUGCCCAAGCUCAACAGCGUCGCGACGAGCUGGAAACCAGGCUAGCGCUUUCCCAGUCAAGAAUCAACGUUCUCACGGCAGAAACACGAGUGGCCGUGGAAUCAUACCGUCACUCUGCACAAGAACUCUCUCUAAAGAGGCACACUCUCGCCGACGAGCUUGCCAGUCUAUCCCAGGAUUUCGUCUCUUCCCUAUCAGAUGUCGAUCCAUCCCCGACCCUCUUGGAGGAUAUCGAGACAUUGCAUCGUAACCUAAAGGAAUUGAAGAGCGUCAAGGAAUAUGUGCAGAUUAUAAAACACGCCUUGAAUCUUAGCGAGUCCGCAGUGCAGCAAAUAUCAGCCUCGUCUUCCAUAUCCAAUGACUCCGUCACUCACUUUAGGUCCCUGCGUGCAUUCGUCACAGGUGUCUCUGAUGUGUGCUCGGGCGUCACGAGUGAGAGCAAUGGAGACAGACUAGGUCUCGUUGCAUUUUUGGAGAGACUGCAGGAAACAACUUGGUCUGGUAUGAAGACCGUUCUAUCAAACACGCUAUUAUCUGCUGCAGAGAAACUUGAAUGGCCCAUGACAAUCAGGUAUUCCUCUGUACCACCAGAGGACAGGGUCGCGUUCGAAGCAUCUUUCUGCAAUCUCUUGGAGCUUCAAAAUAUUGGAGAGACUCUUUCACAUAACGAUACAAAGACACGAUCAGAAAAAGAUGGCCUGUAUCCUUUAGAAACUCUCGUGCAGCCACUUUCUCUACGAUUUAAAUAUCAUUUUGAAGGGAAUCGACAGACAAAUCAGUUGCACAAGCCGGAGUGGUACUUCACCCAUGUGUUGAAUGCUGUAACCGAUCACCAGAAUUUCAUGGAAAGUGUUGUUCAACGUCUGCUUUCAUCAACGAAAUACAAAUCUUUCAAUGCAUGGCACGAAUUCACGCUAUUAUUGUUCCCGCUUCUGUCCCGGAAACUAAGACAUACCGUCCCAUCAAUGUUCUUGCACCCAUCACUUCUCGCUCAUACCAUAUACCAAGCUCUUUCCUUCGAUGCAGCAUUGUCGGAGGAAGGGUUUACAACAAUGGACACUUCUGCCCGGGAUACCUUUGAGUCCAGUCAAUGGCCCGGGGUUGCAGACAUUAUUCUUGGAAAGAAGGAGUGGUUUGAAGCCUGGAUAGAUGGCGAAAAGAAAUUCGCAGAAGAUCAGUACCAUGAGAUCAUAUCUACUCCGGACGCUUGGCAAAUUGCCGAAUGCGAAGUGGAAAAACAGGCAAGUGAGUUACAGACGACGAAUUCGGCUCGUAGGAUAUCGGCACUUGUCGAACAAGUCACAGACCGAUAUUCUCCGCUACCGAAUUUUACUCAGCGUACACGGUUCCUUAUUUCGGUCCAGCUUCCAAUAUUGGAGUUGUAUCAUGGUCGUAUAUUAUCCUCAUUGGAUGCCUUUGAGACGUUGUCUUCUGCGCUUGUCCGUGCGGUCCCAGGAGCCCUUGGUGUCAAUCUCGGAGGCAAAGAGGAUACCAGCGUAAAUGUUGAGACACGGUCACUGACAAGUGGCGUGGCUGGUGUGCAAAGGCUUUGUAAGGCUUUAUUGAGCGCGAACUACAUGGAAAUCUGCAUGGAAACGUGGGGCGAAGAGGUGUUCUUCUUGGAACUGUGGACCGAAAUAAACAUGCGCGCUUCUUUGCGAGCUCGUGUUCAAGGCAACCCUUUACUUCCUGAUCCGGAAGUCGAAGAAAGCCCGUUGGGCCACGAAACAAUAUUUGAAGAACUAAUCAAUCAUUACCGGAAACUAUCCGUGCGAGCACAGGACAUGAUAGUCCAACAGGUUUGCGCGGAAGUGGAAGGGAGCCUCAGACCUCAUCUUACAGCCACGACAUCUAAUCCAAAUUCAAGCACGGAUCCAGGGCAAGACGAAGUUGCCAUAUCACAAACGCUCUUGGCACCUAUUGCUCUGUUAUCGACCCAUCUUACCUAUAUCCGUACGACUUUACCUCAAUCGACAAUCACCUUGCUUUAUCGGCGGAUUGCAUCGCGUCUUUCUGAGCACAUCAUGCAAAGACAAAUUCUGUAUCGCGGAAAUGUUUCCGUUCGAGAAGCGAGAGAAGUACAGGCGGAAUGUGAGUUGUGGGUGGAGACCAGCCAAGGAGGACUAGCCGGGGCCCUUGGUGCUGGCCGUAACCGUGUUGAAGCUCCUUGGUCGAAGCUCUUGGAGGCAGGAAGGCUAAUCGCGGCCGAAGGUCCAGUUUGGGACAAGGCGGUUGACUUCACUUAUGGGUCAGGAAGUGAACGCGAAUGGGAGGUCGCAAUGGUGGAAACCACUGGAUUCAGUGAACUGAGCCGUGAGGAAGUCGGACGCAUCUUGCGGCGGCGAAACACUGAAUGAUUGACUCCAGCACUUCGUAGGGAUUAUUAUGUAUAGUUAGUUCUACAACAACAGAUCAUAAAAAUCGAAAGCAU